AUGGUAGAUCAGGAGGUCUCAGCAGGGAGGCGCACGACACCAAAUCCGGAGCGUUUUCGCUAUCGCACUCGGUCCGUCCACGCGAACCCCGGCGCGCCCCGACCGCAGAUAAAGCAGCGAAGGGCGGCGCGUGGCGGCGCAGCGGAUGACUCACGCGGACGCCACGUGGCGGCGCCACGCUGCCUGCAGCGGCGGCCGCGCCGCCCCCCACCACGCCUCGCCCUUCACCCCCUCCCGGGCCCGAAUCCGCCCGACCGCAUCCGUUUGUUCAACAUCAGACCAUUUUGA